GAUCAGCUUUCUCUGCUAGUUCCCACCCCAGGAGUCCUUAGCACCUGGAAAGCGAAAGGGAGAGGCUCAGGGAGUUCUCGGAGUGGAGCGUAAAGGCAUCGCUCGGGAAAGCCUGGGAGCAACUAGACUCCUAGUUGGAGGAGCCGCUGGAAGCGACCGGGGAGCCACUGGUGGGGACCUUACUUGGGCGCCCUCCCUUUCGUGGGGUGCUAUGGAGUUCCCAGAACACAGUCAACAGCUGCUGCAGAGCCUCCGGGAGCAGCGGUCCCAGGGUUUCCUUUGUGACUGCACCGUGAUGGUGGGUAGCACCCAGUUCUUGGCACAUCGGGCUGUGCUGGCCUCCUGCAGCCCAUUCUUUCAGCUUUUUUACAAGGAGCGGGAAUUGGACAAGAGGGAUCUGGUGUGUAUUCACAACGAGAUUGUCACUGCCCCUGCUUUUGGGCUGCUUCUGGACUUUAUGUAUGCUGGCCAGCUGGCCCUGAGGGGAGAUACCCCUCUUGAGGAUGUGUUGGCAGCUGCCAGCUACUUGCAUAUGAAUGACAUCGUCAAAGUGUGUAAGCAGAGGCUGCAAGCCCGGGCCCUGGCAGAGGCAGACAGUACCAAGAAGGAGGAAGAAACCAAUUCACAGCCCCCUAGUUUGGAGUUUUUGUCCAGCACUUCCCAUGGCCCCCGGCCUUUGUUGGCAUCCCCUGAGACAUCAGGCCAUUGGGGCAAAGAGGAAUGGAAAAGCCUGACUGCUCCUUUACCUACUGUGCGUCCUCCAGAUGAACCACCAUUGCCUGGUGGGGCUGACACUACACAGCCUGGCAUGGAGGUUGACUCACCACAUCUGCGGGCACCUCCACCACCAGUAGUUGAUGUCUCUGUUUCUCUUGCCAGUCCCAGUAGCUCCACAGAAACCAUUCCUGCAAACUACUUCUCUUCUGGCCUCCCAACAGUUUCAGUGGAACCCCUGACUCCUCUUGAUGUGGGUCCUGAGAGCCUGAGGGUGGUGGAACCAAGGGAUACUGGAGGACCUUUGCAAGGAUUCUAUCCUCCAGCUUCAGCUCCAGCUCCAGCCCCAGUCUCAGCCCCAAUUUCAUCCCAGGCUCCAGCUCCAGCAGAAGCUGAGCUGGUCCAGGUGAAAGUAGAAGCUAUUGUGAUCUCUGAUGAGGAGACUGAUGUAGCAGAGGAACAGACUCAGGGUCCUGAGGGACUGUUCCCACCUGGAAGACCAGUGUAUGGAGGACAGCCCUCCCAGCCAGAGGCUUUUGAGGAACCAGGGGCAACAGGACUGGAGGAUGGGCCAAGCGACCACUUCUUGCCUACAGACCCUCAUCUACCCUACCAUCUGCUGCCUGGUCCAGGGCAAUAUCAUCGAGGACUGGUGGCCUCACCCCUGCCUGCACCCCCAGCCCUACAUGAGCCACUUUACCCACCUUCUGAGUAUGAAGCAGCCCCAGGAAACUUUGGGGUUUUUACUGAGGAUGUUCCCACUUGCAAGACAUGUGGGAAGACCUUCUCAUGCUCUUAUACACUGCGGCGACAUGCCACCGUGCACACACGUGAGCGACCCUAUGAGUGCCGCUACUGUCUGCGCAGCUACACGCAGUCAGGGGACCUCUACCGACACAUCCGCAAGGCUCACAAUGAGGAUCUGGCCAAACGUAGCAAACCAGAUCCAGAAGCUGGCUCUGUUCUAGGGGUGCAGCCCCUCCCUGGUUCCCCAACAGCAGAGAGACAGAGCAGUGGUGGACCACCCAAAGAUUUUGUACUUGGCUCCAAAAACUAAUAUCUAGGUGAGCAUGAGCUGAUGCUAGCCCUGCUCUUAACAUCGUUAGAUGGCAGCACAGAGGUUGGAAGCAUCUUGUCACUCCUGCUGGGUGACAAAUGAAGGUUCUGCCUGGCCUGAAGGUUCCUACUGUUUUCUUUAUCCAGCCAGAUAAGCAGGACUUUAUGGGCCAGAACAGAUCAGCCAGCUCUCCCCAAGGGCACUGGGAAUUUUCCUGAGGUGUAAUCACUUCUUAUUCCACAUUCUGGAAUAUAAAACUAGCAGUGAAAUUAUCUCUUUGAA